AUGCGAACACCCUUGAGGUGGUGGGAGUUCAUGGAUCACAAUGUCCCGAAAUAUGUGAUCAGGUCCCAUACAUGGAUUGAAGGACAAGAAGUUACCCUCCAAGAUAUGCAGAACAACAAAGGGACAGAGCGAUCUGGAUAUACCAAAAUCAAACAAGCAUGCGCCUUAGCCCUUGAGAAUGGAUAUGGAUAUGCCUGGGUCGACACAUGCUGUAUCGACAAGACCAGCAGCGCAGAGCUAUCGGAGGCUAUUAACUCAAUGAUGAGCUGGUACGAGCGAUCGGAAAUAUGCUAUACUUAUUUGGCAGAUGUUCAGCCAGGCACCAACAUUCACGAGCCAGAAUCGUCAUUUGCAAAGAUUCGAAAUGAUAUCGUCGAUCUUAUCACGCAAAUUACCGGUAUAGACCAGACCUACCUAUCCGCUCCGCCGACUUCGACAGACUGCCGUUUGCAAUCGCGACCCCAUGUAGCAAGCAUUGCCGAGAAGAUGAGCUGGGCUUCGAAACAUAAGACAACUCGCAUUGAGGACACGGCGUACUGUCUGCUGGGUAUAUUUGGGAUCAAUAUGCCUCUACUAUACGGCGAGGGCACAAAUGCGUUUCUGAGAUUGCAAGAGGAGAUCAUGAAACGCUCGGAUGAUCAAACUAUAUUGGCCUGGUACCUCCCAGAAGACGCCCCAGACGAGUCAGGAGUGCUUACUACCUCUCUGGCUGCGUUUGCAAAUUGCAAGGACUUUAUCCCUUGUGAUGUGGGCAUGCCUACCCCGCCAUUCCAAAUCACCAACAAGGGCCUACGCAUGAAACUGCCAGUUUCCAGCGACGGCUUCAAGGAUGGGAGAUAUGGUCUUCUGCAGUGCAGGACGAAACAAGAUCCCACGACCAUGAUUGCGAUCCCCUUAGAUAACAGCCGCAAUAACCUGUAUGUGCGAAGUAAAAGGCCGCUGUCAAUUCUGAGUUAUCAGUACUGGAGGACAUGGUCAUUUACCCCAGUCAAUCUACUCCCAAGCCUCUCUUUUGCCAGCAGCAUUGUCCAGCCACCGAGUUUCACGGCCUUUUUGGAGUCUCUCCCAGAAAACUUCUAUAUUGCAGAGGUCUAUCCGCCAAACGUACCGCAGCAGCCUGAUCCACGAAUCAUCAUGACGGGUAUCCAUGAACACGAGAACCAAAGUCCCAGUAGGGUCGCUUUGGUUCUAAUCAAGAGCCUUGCCAAUGAUGUAGAACCAUUUGUUGUAAGAGUCCUGAUAGAAUCAACAGGAAGGGGCCGAUUCGGACAGGAUCUCGUCUCGAGGCCACUAUCAAAUUCGUCAAGAGUCCCAUUGGAACCUUCUUUGACGGUGUAUCCCUUGCCAGCUCGUGACCCAAUGUUUAUGUAUUGGACUAGAAGGCAAGAACAAGACUACGAUAUUGAUUGGACCCGCGAGCACCACUUUGGAAAGACGCUUUUUGUUUUUGAAAUUACGGAAAAAGGUGUGGACAGACAUCGCCCCGAUUGGCGUCUCCUCAAUGAGGGCGAGUUGACGGACCUUCAGGAAGUGUGGACGCAAUCCUUACACCAACUAUCCUACCAUGCUCGGAGCAGUGCUCGUACAGUUGUUUGGUCACUUGCCCUUUCACCAUGGAUGUUCACAUUUGUCAUUGAUUCCUUGAUCUGGAAGGCUUUCAAACCGCUCGGUUCAAUGAUAGACCACAUUGAGAAGUAUUCCAAAGAUAUGCACUUGGUUCAGUCGCAAUAUCUUUAA